GAAGGUUUUUUUUUUUCUCGUAAUUUGACAUUUCCUUGGAAGUGGCCGUAAUUUACCUUAACUUUAUAAAAUUGUACAUAUGAUUUUGGCAGAAUAUGAAAGGGUACUUAAAAAGCUGCAAGUUUCUACCAAAGCUCAACAAUGAACGUCCUAAUGAUAGAAACCCUGUUUACAAGAAAAGGUUUACCAGCCUCAAGAAUCUUAUACUUAUAAUGAGUGAAAAUGAGACAGUAAUCAAGCCCAAGGAAAGCUCAUGGUUUGGAUAUUACGAAGAAGGAAUCACGAAGAAAAUAUUGCAGCCACGACAAACAAAACUGUACAUUGAGGAUUGGAUUGGUUUGAAAGCAUUGGACAAAGCGGGAAGAGUUAAGUUUAUAAAAGUGCCAGGCACUCAUAUAGAAGUGUCGGAUGUUGACACGAAGAAGUAUGUUGUUCCGUAUCUGCAGAAGAAAUGGCGUAUAGUAAAAAAGAGUGGCGACACUGAGGCGGAGCAUGGUGGUGCUGCGGCGGUCACCACCACCACUUGAAACUCGAAUGCGGCCGGAGAAUAUUCAAACAAGCUUGAAAUCAUCAACGAAUGAAACAUGUAGUAAACAACUUCUCCAAAUGGAUUCUAUAAUUUAAACAUAAAUUAAAUGUCGAUGACAUUAAAAGACUGAAAUGAGUUCAAUAAAACAUGCCAAUCUUUGACACAAGUCAUAUGAAACUCCCCAACAAAAACAUCUCCAACAAUAAGUUAUCGAAAACAAAACCUAAUUGAAUACAAUUUAUUCCAUACACACAUAUGUUGAUCACCUGUAUAGGCCAGUACUUGAAGAAUAGAUGUAGCACCCCCUCUUAUAUAGGCGAUAAAUCGAACCAGUUUAUUGGAAUUAUAUUUUAUUUAUCGAAAGCAACUUAUAGGAUCUCUUUUAAAACUUAGAAGAAUCAAAACUUUGCGAUUUUAAAACCAUACUUGAACAUUUAGAAUCCUAGUAAUUUUCGAGAACAUGCUUUGAAGAGUUUUAGUCAAUUUAAUUUCUUUCUUCGCGUUUUAAAAUAACCUUUUUGAGAAGGAGUUUAUUCGAGUGCUACACUAUCGUAAAACAUAGGUUCAAAAUAAAAUUCAG